AUGCUGCAAGGUGAAGUACAAUUGCAGCCAAGGGAUUCGCAAAAGCGGAGUGAUUUGGAGAGUGGCUCUCCUGCUUCAUCUCAUUGCUGUCGUAUCUGUCUGGAGGAGAAUAAUAGCAGCGGCGAUGAAGAAUUGAUAUCACCGUGUAUGUGCAAAGGCACACAGAAAUUCGUGCAUCGUUCGUGUCUCGAUCGUUGGCGAUCGGUUAAGGGAGGCUUUGCUUUCUCUAACUGCACUACAUGCAACGCUCAGCUUCACUUCCCAGACGAGCAGCCCUUUGAUGAUAUUAACAACUCUUGGCGGCAGAGAUUAAUUGACGCCUGGUGGGUGUUUUUGAUGUUCUUGAUUUUGCAGCCUCCUAUUGCUGCGGGGGCCGGAGGUGCAUACAUGAUGGAUACAGACGGAGACUUUCGCAACUCUUUCAAAAAUGAACUGGUUCGUAUAUUGGCAAAACAUCCCAUCCUGUUUUAUUAUUCUAUUGGAUUUGUAAGCUUCUUUGGGAUGUUUGGAUUUACGCUCCUCAUUGCACAAUUUAUAGCUCGGGUGUAUAUGGCUUUGGUGUCAUAA